CCGAGCAUCUCGAGCAGCUUCAAUUCCCCCGUCAUCCCCUCGCGGUCGUUCGUCUGUCCCCGUCCCCGUCCCCGUCUCCGUCCCCGUCCGGAUCGCCUCACCCGCUUUACGCCCAUCAUGUCCUUCCCCACCCAGGCCGCGGCUCGUUGCUGCAGACAGAUCGUCCGCCCGACGGCUUCCCUGCGCCUUUCUCCCUCGACAUAUCUCGCCCAGCGCUCCCUCAGUCGGAGAUGGCAGUCCACCGAGGCUGAGGCCGCUGCUGCCCCCGCCAACCCCAAGAUCACCCAGAUUGUCGACCAGAUCAGCCAAUUGAACCUGUUGGAGACCGCCGACCUCGUGGCCAGCCUGAAGGCCCGCCUGAACAUCCCCGACCUGCCCGUUGGUGGUUUCGCCAUGGGCGCUGCUCCCGCCGCUCCCGCCGCCGCGGAGGAGGAGGAGGCUGCCCCUGCCGCGCAGGAGAAGACCCUGUUUAACCUGAAGCUGGAGAGCAUCGACGCCUCCUCCAAGGCCAAGGUCAUCAAGGAGAUCAAGACCAUGCUCGGUCUGUCCCUGGUCGACUCCAAGAAGUUCGUCGAGUCCGCUCCCAAGGUCCUGAAGGAGUCCGUGCCCAAGGAGGAGGCCGAGAAGAUCAUGGAGACCCUCAAGGCCGUCGGCGCCAAGGUGACCAUGGAGUAAACGGGCUUUGUUCUCUGCUCCCGGGGAAUUCUUAAUGCUGCCUGGUCACCCUUUUCUUUCCCCUUCCCCCCGUCCCGCCAGAAAGACAGCGGUGGGGGGAUGUUAUCUGGAUGACCCUGGAUGGAUGUUGUGAUUGGACUGCAUUAUCGAGCUGGAGUUUUGUCUCGCAACCACGCUUUUCGUUUUGUACUGUGUUUUUCUAUAUCUUUUUCUUUUCUCCGUCAUAUAUCUCUUGAGACUCUUCUGAUAUAACCGGAAAGCGGGAAAACGGCGGCGAAUGUACAUUAUCAUCUCCUUGAAUGGACAAUGUGGAACUCUGAUG